AUGGGUGAUCUGGAAACCACGUCUUCGUCGGAUGGCCAUUCCACUGGAAAACUGCGUCACGGGUCCAAUGAUACCGAAGAAAGAGUCACUUUUUCGACAACUUUGGAUGAUGUUUGUAGUUUUCUUGUAGCCACAGUAGUUGUGUUGAAAUGCGCCUUUAAAAUAAGCGUUCUAGAGGAUUUAUUUUCAGCAAAACUAGAAUUUGUCUUUUUAUUUUUGUUUUUUUUUUGUGCUCUUCAAGGAAAAAAAAACAGAACCAAAAAAGAGAAAAAAAGAAGAAUAAGGCUCUUCUUUUCCCUCAUAAAUGAUAUAUUUUGA